GGACAUUAGAUAGACUACAAUACACAUAUUGAGACGUCAAUUGAAAAAGAGGCGGUUCUACAUUGGCACCAAAGUCCAAAGGCUAAAGAGUGUCUGACGAGACUUUAGGCAGUAUAAUAAUUUAACUGAUCUUUGCAAGUGCUGUCAGCGGCGACAGUAUGGAAAUAUCCAAAGGGGAUGACCAUACUACAGAGCAUGCAGCUACGUUAUUAGGGUCGUCGAGACUUGAUAAUCAGAUGAGACACAGUGAUAAAGUGAAGAGGAACUCCAAUAAAUGCAAAAUCAUUCUUGGGGUGCUGUUGCUGUGCUUGUUGGUGGUACUCAUUCUUGCAGUGGUGUUUGCCUUGAGGCAGCGUUGUGACAUAGAAGUGAUCAGCUGUAGAAACAGGUGUGUGACCGGGAGCAGGGACAAGUCUGCAACAUGCCACUGCGAUCCCUCCUGUGAGGCGGAGGGAACCUGCUGCCUGGACUACCAGGAAGUGUGUGUAGAGCCUGGUCAGCAUUGGACCUGUUCCAAAUUUCGCUGUGGGGAGGAAAGGUUGUCCUACAGUCUGUGCUCCUGCUCAGGAGGCUGUGAGGCAACGGGAGAUUGCUGCUCUAACUACUACAGUGUGUGCACGGUGGGUGGGAAGUCGUGGCUGGAGGAUGAGUGUGAGGACAUCAAAACACCCCAAUGUCCUGUUGGUUUCUCCAAACCCCCUCUCAUCUUGGUGUCUAUGGAUGGGUUCCGAGCAGGGUACUUGAAGGCUUACGGCAGCCUCCUUCCUGUCAUCAGCAAGUUACGCAACUGCGGGACAUCUACCCCACACAUGAGACCUGCCUACCCGACCAAAACCUUUCCUAAUCAUUACACCAUCGUGACUGGCCUUUAUCCUGAGUCUCAUGGAAUUGUGGACAACAAAAUGUACGAUGUGACUCUGAAUGCCAGCUUCAGUCUAAGAGCUGCAGAGAAGUUCAAUGCCAAAUGGUACCAAGGCGAGCCGAUCUGGUUGACUGCCAUGUACAACAACCUGAAAUCAGCCACUUUCUUCUGGCCUGGAUCGGAUGUAGACAUCAAAGGAAGAUUCCCAGAUUACUACAAAAAGUAUGACAGAGUUAUUCCAUUUGAGAAGAGAAUCACAACCUUAUUUGAAUGGCUGAGUUUGACUGAGGGGAAAAGGCCUGAUUUCUACACUUUGUACUUAGAAGAGCCGGACUCUUCAGGUCAUCGCUAUGGGCCGAUGAGCAGCCAGGUGAUCGAGGCUCUGCUGAAGGUGGACAGGCUGCUGGGGCUGCUGAUGGACGGGCUCAAACAGAGAAACCUGCACCUCUGUGUCAACAUCAUCCUGCUGUCUGACCACGGAAUGGAAGAGGCUUCCUGUCAGAAGGCCGCCUACGUCUCAUCUUACCAAGAAAACAUCCAGGACUUCACCGUCAUCCAGGGCCCCGCGGCCAGAAUCAGACCUGUGCGUCUGCCCGAAGACUUCUUCUCCUUUGACUAUGAGGGGCUGGUGAAGAACAUAUCGUGCAAGACCCCAGACCAGCCCAUGAGGCCCUUCCUGAAGGAGCACCUACCAAAACGGAUGCACUUUGCCAACAACGUGCGGAUUGAAAGGGCCCAUCUCUACAUGAAGCCUGCCUGGCAGGCAGCACUUCAGCCUAAGGAAAUCAAGUACUGCACUGGUGGAUUCCAUGGCUCGGAUAACGUUUUCAAAAACAUGCAGACUAUUUUCAUGGGUUAUGGCCCAGGGCUGAAGUACAAAACCUUUGUUCCACCUUUCGAAAAUAUAGAAGUUUACAACCUUCUGUGCGAUUUGUUAGGCAUCCCUCCUGCCCCCAACAACGGGACUCAUGGCAGUCUCAACCACCUCCUCCGAAACCCCACUUUCCUGCCUGUCUACCCUGCUGAACUUUCCCAUGACUCACCUUGUGAGGGCAGAAGCCUCGCCCCCACAGACAACCUGGGCUGCUCCUGCAGCUCCCGCACCAAGCUACAGGAGAAGACUCUGAACAAGCAGCUCCUCAAAGCUAAUGCUAGUUCCACAGCGGAGCUUCGGUAUCACCUCCCAUACGGAACCCCCAGAGUUCUCAUGGAGAACGCAGACUACUGUCUCCUGCACCAGACUGACUACAUCAAUAGCUACAGCAAAGACCUUCGCAUGCCCCUCUGGGUGGCAUAUACCAUUCAGCCACUGGACCAUGUCCAGGCUCUGAGCCCAGAGCGGCUGGCGUGCGUGCGUGCCGACGUACGUGUCCCAGCGACAGCGAGUCAGACGUGCACGCGCUACAGCGAUGACCCAGACCUGUCCUUCGGCCUGCUCCACCCUCCCAAUCUGAGCAGUAAUGGUUCAGAAGCAGAUUCCCUCAUCACCAGCAACAUGGCACCUAUGUUCCCUGCUUUCCAAAAUGUAUGGACCUACUUUCAUGAUGUCAUUGUGCCAAAAUACUCACAGCAACUGAAUGGAGUCAAUGUGAUGAGUGGGCCUGUCUUUGACAAUGACUAUGAUGGAAACUUUGAUGAUUUUUCAACAAACUCUGUGAACAUGCCCACUCACUACUUUGUGAUCUUGACCAGCUGUGGGAACUCAUCGUUCCCCCCUGUGGACUGUGAGGGUCCCCUUCAGGCCCGGUCCUUCCUCCUCCCCCACAGGGCCGACCACACAGAGACCUGUGCUAAUGGAUCAGACUUCCAGUGGGUCCAAGACUGGGCUCAGUUCCAUGCUGCGCGAGUCCGAGACGUAGAACUCCUGACUGGACUGAGCUUUUACCACGACAGGAUAUCAGUAGCCGAGACGCUACAAUUCAAAACUGUUUUACAAACUGUAUAGGAUCAGAGACACAAAGAAAGCUAUUACGUCAAAAAUAAGUAAUUCUAUGAUUUUGUGCAUAGUAGACCCACAGGGUUUUAUUUAUACUACAGCACACAAGUUUUGUUAACGUUUUUUUUAUUAUUGCCAGGGCAUUUCAGGAAACCUUAGACAUUCUGGAAAUGUCUGUUUCUGCCAUACUUUGUUAUGUCUGCCAAUGUUUUUGACUCAGAUUUCGAAAGUUGGCAGUGACAACAAAUACAGGCAGCAGUAAGGGGAGUCUAAAUGACCUUUUGCUCUGUAAGAGCAUAAAACAGGGAAACCUCAUCCUAAAGACAUCAUUAUCAAGAGACAGUUUUACAGCAGACUUUACAACCCUAUUUUCAGCAGACUUUCUUGAAUGGGCAGGUUGAUCUCAGCCUACGUCCUAUGAGGAGGUGCGCUGGUGACAUACCACAGUCAAGUAGUGUUGUGCGGUAUACCAGCAAGCUCUGGUAAAAGUCUGUCCCAUCAUCCUUAGCUUUGUACAGCAGUCUCUUCACCGUCUGAACAGAUUUUUCCACUAACCCAUUAGACUGUGGGUAGUGAGGAGUCGAUGUUGUGUGCACAAAAUUCCAUUAAUCUGCAAAGCGUCUAAAGCUUGAAAUGGAAAACUGUGGUCGUAAACACUUCACUUGGCACGCCAUGUCUGGAAAACACUGCCUUCAUGGCUGUUAUCACAGCCUCUGCUGUCGUGGAGCUCAGUCUACACCUCUGGAUACAGCGAAUAGUAAUCAGUCACUACAACAUAGUCUUUCCCAGCACAAACAAAAAGAUCUGCGCCCACCUUCAUGUAUGGCCUGUCGGGCACUGGGUGCGGCAGUAGCGACUCGGCAGGAUUGCUUGCUUGAUAUUUCAGGCAUGUUGAGCAGGUCGUCACCUCAUUUUCCACAUGUUCAAAUUCCUUGGGUCCAUGCAAACUCUUGGUUCUCUGUUAUUUUUAUUCACAAUGACAAGCGAACUCCUCCAGUCAGUCAACUCGUAAAUUUUUUCAAUCACAUUAAGUCCUUCCAUUCUGUCUAACUCCUCUUUCAGUGGCUUUUGAAGAGCAAAUGGCACUUUCUGACAUGGAUUGAUUACUGGCGGCACCUUCUUGUCCACUCUGAUUGUGUGCUCACCAGGUAGGCAUCGUAGGUCCUUGAACAGGUCACUGUACUCUCUCAUGAGUUCAUCAUAAUACAUUUCUUGGUCACUGUCUACUACCAGCACUCUCUUAACCCUUGUGUUAUCUUCGGGUCAUUCUGACCCAUCAGUCAUUGUGACCCACCGUUGUAUUGCGACAACUUUACCGCAUACAAAAACAAAGUGAAGCAUUUUCUUUUAACCGUUGGGCUGUCUCAGACCCCCCACAUUGCGAAGGUUAAAAGAAGAUUAUUUCGGGUUCCUCCGGUAGGAGGGAACCUAUUGUUUUUGUUAGUAUUCCUAUUAUUAUUAGGGUUCCUCCGGUAGGAGGAAACCUAUUGUUUUUGUUAGUAUUCUUAUUAUUAUUAGGGAUCCUCCGGUAAGAGGCUCUUCAAAAGCCACUGAAAGAGGAGUUAGACAGAAUGGAAGGACUUAAUGUGAUUGAAAAAAUUGAUGAGCUGACUGACUGGGUGAGUUUGCUUGUCAUAGUGAAUAAAAAGAACAGAGAACCAAGAGUUUGCAUGGACCCAAGGAAUUUGAACAUGUGGCAAAUGAGGUGACGACCUGCUCAACAUGCCUGAAAUAUCAAGCAAGCAAUCCUUCCUCCGGUAGGAGGAACCCUAUUGUUUUUGUUAGUAUUUAGGGUUUCUCCGGUAAGAGGGAACCCAUUGUUUUUGUUAGUAUUCUUAUUAUUAUAUUUCUCCGCUAAAUGGCCCAAUAGCUCAAAAAGUCCUUGACCCGAUUUUUUCAAAUUUGGCCCAAUGAUACAACAGGUCACUCACUACUCCCAGACCGCUAAUGGCCCAUGUACGCCCAUAGGUGGCGCUAUAAGCCACGCCCAAAGUCUAUGUGAUUUCCCCAGCGCCCCAUUAUUCCAAAAUGCCUGAAAAUUGUUAUACAUGCCUUAUUUCUCAUGGGGAACAAAAAAGCCUCAAGAACCCAUAAGGUCCGCCAUGAUAGAUUUUUCUGUACUGUCCAAAUUUGGUACAACCUUCAAAACCCUUCUCCUCAUGAACCAUAGUACCAAUCGACUUGAAAUUGUUACAGAUUUGUAGAAUACAUGUCUUUCUAUAGGGUGAAAUUGAAUAAGGAAUGCAAUACAAAAUGGCUGAAAGAAGUGUAUUUAUGUAAAUGUCCACAUUGCCACAAUAUCUUUGUGUUAAUAAAUCAAAUAUAAUUUU